CAAAAAGUCAACAGACGUUUAAAUAUGCCCAAAAAUCAACAAACGCUACAAAUAUUGAGCGACGCGAGAGAUGAUUCAUCUUCGUCACGUGCCGUCAUGCUGUUCGGAUCAGACGAAGAAUGCGAUUUAACGUCGGACGACCUGACGUCUGGGGACGAGGACCCGGUGUCCGGAAAUCAACUGACAGGGGUCCGGAGGUUCCCGGUGCCGGAUCCACGUAAACCGUGUACCGUAACCAAUUCCCGGGAACGCUGGCGUCAACAUAACGUUACCGGCGCGUUUGCAGAACUCCGUAAAUUGGUACCCACUCAUCCACAUGAUAAGAAAUUGUCGAAAAAUGAAAUCCUAAGGAUGGCUAUCAAGUAUGCGACACAAUAUAAAUUAAAACGAUUUCACACCAAAUAGGAUUGACAUAUUUUAUUUUAUCGGCUAAUUAUAAAUAUACAUAGGCACCUGCCAAGGGUGGAUAUCCAGCAUCCAGGCGUGGAUCUUUAAAUCUGAAUUGAAGGGGGACUAAAUUUUAUUUCAGAAAAAUUACAAUUAAAAUUAAAGUAGGUACUUGAUUAAUAGAUUUAAAAAAAAAUUACAAAUAUUAGUUUUUUGACCAAUUUUCAACUUUCAUCUGCCUUUGCUUUUGCCUUGCAAAUCUAUUGAUUGCAUCGUUGAUGUUUAUAAUAAAUACCAAGUUGUUUGUGAAUAUUAAACAUUACCAAUCUAUUUAACAUAUCUUGCAUCAUAGUAGAUUUCAUGUAAUUUUUAAAUCGUCGAAAAGACGAAAAUGAUUUUAUUUUGUUAAGGCUAAGUUUAUGGUAAUAGUGCCAAAAAUUUGAAAUAAAACUCUAAUGUUUGGAUAAAAUACAUUCUUAUAAAUAAAUCUUAUUAUAGCGGUUUAGGAAUUUGGUUUUUCUAAUUUCGCUAAUUUUAUCUUCCACAGUUCCAAUUCUGAUUUAUCUCUAAAUGAGAUAUGUUAAUAAAUUGCUAAUAUAAUUAAAUACCACUUUUAUUAUUUCUUAAUUAUUAUAUUUAUAUUUGUUAGCAGAGAUCAAUUAUUCUAACGGUAUGCUAUUUUUAAACCUGUCAUUAAAUUUUAUAUGAAGCUGUGUAAUUGCUUAAUAAAUAGAAUACAAAUUUUUAUUCUGUAAUCUGUACUAGGUACUACUCUGGAUUUGAUGUUUCAAUAUUACAUAAUAAUAUGUAAUAUCUAUAAGAUGUUAUCUUUGUUUGAUGACCACACACACACACUGUAGGAAUUCGUUUUUCUUUUCCAACCGAUGAUGCUUUUUCAAAUGUAUUUUUGAAAUAGUUUGGCAAUUCUUCAUCAAAAUUAUUUAUUGAGAUAAAUGAUAGGUAUGUCAAAAGGAGAGAGCUAUAUCCCCUUAGCCCUCCAUGGGUUCACGCCUACUAUCAUUUAUUUACAGCCACGACAUUUACCACUAUAGACUCGAUAAUUUGUUUUUAUUAUUUUGCGAAAUGUGUAACUUUAUCGUUAACAACUCAAAAAGUAUGUACUUACAAUUCUAGUUAAACUUUCGGAUUUAACGUAAAAACAUGACAACAUUAACAGAAUUAUAUCACCUUUAAAUGAAAAAAUCCGUAAAUUUCAGAAUCAAAAAACCCAUUUCAUAAAAAAAAAAAAAAAAUAUUAAAAAAUAGGAAUCAGUAUCAAACUAUCAAACUCAACUAAAAACGUCGUUUAUAUAUAAACGUUAAGAAAUAUAAUUCGUUUUAGUUCUUUUUCUAUUUUAACUUUCUUUUACAUUAAACAAUAUAUAAUAUGAUAAUAUGAUACAUAUAAAAACCACUGUAAAAAUAUCAUAUUUUUUUUGCUAACGGGAAUUACCCCUUAACAAAAAAAAUGUAUUAAAUGUAGUAUAAUAUCAAUUUGUUCAGGUAUAUACUAAUACUGAUAUGGUUAUCAUUUUAUACAGGUACAUCCGUCUCUUAAGUGGAGUACUUGAAUGGCAAGAGAAUCAACAGGAUUUCAGUAAUAAUAAUGAAGAUUGUAUGGACAACAAUGUUUAUAAUAUAGUGAAAGAAAAUAUUAUUCGCCAUGACAAAAACCGAUUUCGUUAAGAUAAUUUAUAGUUUAUAGAUAUUAUAAGGAUUAUGAGACCUACUACCC